GCCGUGCUCCUGUUUCACUCAAAGAUGGCGUCGGCUCUAGAACCCCUGGUCUGUGGCUGCAUUUUUAGGCUUGUUGUUGUCUCCGUUUCGCACCGUUUUGGCACCUUCUCCUCGGCGGCUCGACACGAAAUCCGGGAUUCUUCAUCUACCAAAGUGCAACAGGCAUGAAGGUGAUCAGCCCUGGCUGCUCCCUGUGGUGAGAUGUCUGUUCCAUCCCAGAGCUGAGAAGACACGACUGCUAGAUGAAUAGAGGACAAGGAGGGAAAAUAAGUCAAGACAAGGAAACGUGGAGACUGAGAAGAAAGUCUUGUGGAAUGUUGUUAUCCACUGAAAACACCUGUACUGAAGCACUGAUUUCAUCUGUCGGAGACUAUGGUCAUCUUCUAGAACUCUUCUAGAUUUGACUAACUUAGCAGUGACAGCUUUUUAAAAUAUUUAUAAGUAUUUUGCCACAGCUGUUUGGAAAAUCACUUAUUUUUGUAGAAGUCCUUCUCAUUAGGAUCUACUUCCCCCUACCUUGUGUGUUGUGAGAGUUUGGCUCACUCUUACACCGCCUACUUCCUCCACCCCCCUGCUUCUCGCCAGGGACCUUCACCUGGCUGGGAGUGGGUGGAGGGUAGACAGCAUUUUACUGGGUGGAGGGUUGGGUGGGGUUUGUGCUAUGGUCAGCUGCUCAUUACCGUGCUGCUCACACUCAGCUUCUGAAGGAGUCUCCGUACGACCCCAGGACAAGGGAUAGUAAGCAGGCAGAGGGCAGCGACGAGGAGGAGGCGGCGCUACGGCGCAGGCCAGGUGUUUCCUUGGCUAAAAGCCCCUAUUUUUUGUGUGUGGUCAUUGCGGUGAGGCCCCAGGGCCCCUGCGCCCACUUACACUGCAGCCAUGGUGAAACUGGCAAACCCAAUGUACACACAAUGGAUCUUGGAGGCCAUCAAGAAGGUGAAGAAGCAGAAGCAGAGACCAUCAGAGGAGCGUAUCUGCAAUGCAGUCAACAUGUCGCAUGGGCUGGACCGGAAAACGGUUCUGGAGCAAUUAGAGCUUAGCGUCAAGGAUGGCACCAUCCUUAAAGUUACCAAUAAAGGUCUCAACUCCUACAAGGACCCAGACAACCCUGGGCGCUUGGCCCUGCCCAAGCCUAAAAGUGGUGGCAGCUCUGGAGGAGGUGGUGGCAGCGGUGGUGGAGGAGGAGGAGGAGGAGGUGGAGGUGGAGGUGGCGGCGGCGGCGGUGGCAGCAGCAGUGGUGGUGGUGGUAGUGGUGGUGGUGGUGGUGGCUCCCACUCUCAUUCAGGGAAGAAACAGGGACUUGACUGGAACAAGUUGAUCAAGCGGGCUCUGGAGGGGCUCCACGAGCCAGGUGGCUCCAGCUUAAAGAACGUUGAGCGCUUUCUGAAAUGCCAGGCUGAUGUGGCAGCCUACUUAUCAGGCAGCGGCUCCAUGGGGCCCGGCCUCUUCCACCAGCAGCUGAGGGUGGCCUUGAAGAGGGCGGUGGCUCACGGACGCGUGAUCAAGCAGGGCCCAUUGUUCCAGCUCGUCAGCCGCAGUAGCACCGUGGAUGAUGGGACUGGGACGGUGUCUUUGGAGUCACUGCCACCUGUUCGCCUGUUGCCCCACGAAAAAGACAAGCCGGUGGCAGAGCCAAUCCCCAUCUGCAGCUUCUGUUUGGGCACCAAGGAGCAGAACCGCGAUAAGAGGCCGGAGGAGCUCAUCUCCUGUGCUGACUGUGGGAACAGCGGCCACCCGUCCUGUCUCAAGUUCUCCCCAGAGCUCACGGCUCGAGUCAAAGCUCUGUGGUGGCAGUGCAUUGAAUGCAAGACUUGCAGCAGCUGUCAGGAUCAAGGAAAGAAUGCGGACAACAUGUUGUUCUGUGACUCUUGCGACCGGGGCUUCCACAUGGAGUGCUGUGAUCCUCCGCUCACACGGAUGCCAAAAGGCAUGUGGAUUUGUCAAAUCUGCCAACCCAGGAAAAAGGGAAAGAAGCUUUUACACGAAAAGGCAGCACAAAUCAAACGGCGCUACAACGCACCGCUGGGGCGGCCCAAGAGCAGGCCAGGGCGGCCCUUCAAGAAGAUGGGUGGGCGUGGUCGGCGGAAGCGCUCGGCCUCGGCCAACUCCUCCUCCAGCUCGUCCUGCGAAGGUUACCCAGGUGACGACAGGCUUCUGUUUUCGCUUCGAGACGAUGACGACCUCUCGCAGAGCGGCCUGCGCUUCAACAACAAGACCAAGGGCCUCAUCGACGCGCUCACAAAGUUCUUCACACCGUCACCUGAGGGCCGCAAAGCACGACAGGAAGUGGUGGACUACUCGCAGCAGUGUCGCAUCCGUAAGAAAUCCAGUCGUAAAGGAGAAGGAGAUGACAGAGGGGACAAUCAAGACGGCAGCGACUGGCGUGACGAGGAUGAAAAACUGCCUGGUCAUGAGAACCUGACGGAAAAAGACAUUGAACUCUUCAGGCACAUCCAGGAGCUGGCACUACAGAAAGUGGGAGUGACGGGUCCACCAGAUCCUCAGAUGCGCUGCCCGUCAGUCAUCGAGUUUGGAAAAUUUGAAAUCCAGACGUGGUAUUCAUCUCCCUACCCACAAGAGUACAGCAGAUUACCCAAGCUCUACUUGUGUGAGUUUUGCCUGCGCUACAUGAAGAGUCGCAGCAUCCUCUACCAGCACAUGAAGAAAUGCAGCUGGUUCCACCCUCCUGCUAAUGAGAUCUACAGGAAGGAUAAUGUCUCUGUGUUUGAGGUUGAUGGGAAUGUGAGCACAAUCUACUGUCAGAACCUAUGUCUGCUGGCCAAGCUUUUCCUGGACCACAAGACUCUCUACUAUGAUGUGGAGCCUUUUCUUUUCUACGUCCUGACCCAGAACGACAGCAAAGGCUGCCACCUUGUUGGUUACUUUUCCAAGGAGAAGCACUGUCAACAGAAGUACAACGUAUCAUGCAUCAUGAUUCUUCCACAGUACCAACGCCAGGGCUAUGGACGCUUUCUCAUUGACUUCAGUUACUUAUUGUCUAAGCGUGAGGGUCAGCCUGGAUCGCCAGAGAAGCCUCUCUCUGACCUCGGUCGGCUGUCCUACAUGGCGUACUGGCGCAGCGUGGUGCUGGAAUGUCUCCACGAGAUCCGAGACCGACAGAUCUCCAUACGACAACUCAGCAAACUGACUGGGAUCUGCCCACAGGACAUCACCACAACCCUGCACAGCCUCAACAUGCUGGAGCCACGAGGAGAAAGCAUGGUCCUGGUACGGAGGGAGAAGCUGGUGUCUAGCCACAUGGCUCGUCUCAAGGCGCGGCCACGGCAGCUGGAGGUGGACCCCGAGUGUCUCCGCUGGACCCCGGUCAUUGUAACCAACACUGUGGUCUCUGAUGCAGAAGGAGAUGAUGACGAUGAGGAGGAAGAGGAAGAACCAGAGGAAGAAAAGCCCAAGGAGAUCAAACCAGCCCAGAAGGUGACACAAAUGCCCUGGCACAUGCGCCAAGAAAAGAAGAAAGAGGAUGAAGAAGAGGAGGAGGAAGACGAGGAGGAGGAAGAAGAAGAGGAAAGAAAGGGCUUUCUGGGGUUUCCCAUCAGCCAUAGCUCUCCAAGUUCCCCUCCUGCACGCCCUCCAUCCCCUAUCCCAGAACCACCGCGUCCCCCUCCGCCAACAAACGGAGAACGCAGACCGCGGGGGCGUCCUCCCAAAAACUGGCCUUGGGGCAAAGUGAAAGACAGCACAAAGGUGGGACGACCACCUAAGAUCCGCUCGGUAGAGGACGAGGAGGAUGAAGACGAGGAGAAAACAGAGGAAGGAAAACCUACCGGCCCUGCCAGCAGUCCCCCUUCCCUUUUCUCCCUGGACAGACAAGCAGAGUCCACAGCCUUUCACUCACUAGACAUGGCUCGGCACCCCUCCAUAACCCCUAACCGACGGGGCCGGCCGCCAAGGAAAAAGAGAGGGCCGAAGCCUAGACUGACAGAGGGGCCUGAUGAGGAGCUGACUCCGCUUCCUGCGGUCUCCAGGUUGAAUGAGUCUCCGCCUAUCGGGAAGAGCUGCUUUAGUGAAAGCAGUGAAGAUGAGGAGGAUGACGACGAUGAAGACGAUGACGAGAGGAGGGCAUGCUCUCCUCCCAUCCUAACCAAACCCGCAAUGGGCCUCAAAUGCAAGAAGCCACUGAGAAAGCGUCGCUUUCGCCAGCGAAGCCACCCACACAGCAGUGUGGUGACAGAGACCAUCUCUGAAACCACAGAAGUGCUGGAUGAGCCCUUUGUAGACUCCGACUCAGAGAGGCCCAUGCCAAGGCUGGAGGAGGAGACUCCUUUGGGCCACCCACUGCACCGUUAUCCUCCAGCCCGCUCCGCCCUGAGGUUAUCUGACCCUGCACCGAAAAGAGGCCGGCCCUCCAACCUUUCAGACUCAGAGGAAGAUGAGUUAACACCUGUGCUGAAGCCCGUGGCAUCACUGACAGCAACACCAUCAGAAACGUUAGCAGCUGCCAACCCCGAGGUCCCAGUCAAAAAGAAGAAAGGCUGGCCUAAAGGAAAGAGCCGAAAACCUCUGCACUGGAAAAAACGAGGACCUGGAAAACCUCCUGGUGACGACAGCCAGGCUCAAAGCGGGGAUCCUCCACCAGCUAAAAUCAAGAUGAAGCCUGGUCGCAAGCCCCGGAGCUGGUACCUUCAGCGAGCCCAGGAGGAGGCUGAGAGGCAGGAGCAGGAGAGAAAGCAGCUUGAAAAAGAUCCUGGGCUGCUUCAGACUGAGGAUUGUAACAGCAAACGAGUCAGCAGAACCAACACUGACAGAGACAGCAAAGAGAAAGACUCUGAUGAAGAGGAUGACUAUCUCCCUAAGCCUGUAGAGCAGAAGGUACCCAGAAGACGAGGGAGACCACCCAAGAACCGCACCCUCCUCCAGCCGCCUCAGCCUGCCCCUAAACCACCUCCCACCUCUGAGCCUGAAGAGGAAGAGGAUGAGGAGGAGGAGAAUCAAGGAACAUGGGAGGAAGACAAACCUAGCCGUCCGCCAUCCCGUCCUCUGCUUUCUCCUUCAUCCUCUUCUUCAACAUCAGGGCCCCGGGCCCCUCAGUCCCGGCCUCAGGACACAGAUUUGGGCGACAGGGAAGAAGACGAUGAAGAUGAAGAGAGGGAGGAAGAAGAGUGUGGUAGCACAGGCAGUGGUGGCGGAAGUAUCAACAGGCGUUCAGCUGUCACUCCUGGUUCUGGGAGCAGGCGCAGUGAAGACCACGAUGCAGAUGAUGAAGGUGACGGACACUUGGAGGAUAAGAGCAACAGCAGCAACAACAGUAAGAAAAGAAAAAGUCAAGACUCCGAGGACGACGACGAUGACGAAGACGAGGAGGAGGAACCUGCCUCCCGUGCAAGCUCUCCCCCUGUCAAAGAAGAACCUCAAGGCGGAGAGGCUUUUUUAGAGAUGGAGAACAGCGUGGCCAGAGACUACGUCAGCAAGCAGGAGGAGGAAGAAGAGGAGGAGGAGGCUGAGGAGGAGGUGCAGGAGGACAAAAGUCAGCCUUCUACAGCUGACCCACAGCAGGAGGAGCGGCGGCGCAGGGAGCAGGAGGAGUCAGCCGCUGCUGCCGCUGCAGUGGAGACAGUAACGGCCAUGUCUGUUCCCUCGGAGCCCAUGGAGCUGCAGCCUCUGCACCCUGAUGACAAAGACGUCACGCUGUUGAUGGAACCACAACCACACUCCCACCCACACCAGCACUCUGAUUUUAAAGAGGAGCUCGGACACCACCCACACCACCCCCACCAUCACUCCAAUGAGCUGGACCUGGAGACAAUGCAGGCCGUCCAGUCCCUGACACAAGGGGAAGCCCAGGACGAAGAGGCCGAACCCCAGCCACACCAUGGGGCCUACCAGGACUGUGAGGAGACCUUAGCUGCCUGCCGGACCUUGCAGAGCUAUAGCCACACGGGGGAAGGUGAAGAGGAGGCCCUGGCUUUGGUAGAAGAUUGUGGGGCAUCCCAACACAGCAGCCCCCUCCCUAAUCCUCCAGUUCCCCCUCUGCCCAGUCAGUCUGUGCGGUCAGUGAACAGUCCAGGGUUAACUUCAGGAAUCAUGGACACAACACCAGCGGGGCAGAGAGGGGGGACGCCAGGCCCUACUGGAACAGGGAGCGGUGGUGGAGGUUCUGGAGGGGGCUACACCCAGAUCACACCAGAACACCCCAGCUCUCUCUCCGCCCCGUCCCAGCAGAACAUGGAGACGUCGCCGAUGAUGGAUGUGCCGUCUGUGUCAGACCACUCCCAGCAGGUUGUGGACAGCGGCUUCAGCGAUCUCGGCAGCAUCGAGAGCACCACGGAAAACUACGACAACCCCAGCAGCUACGACUCCACCAUGGGGGGAGGAGGCAACGGAACCGGUAAUGGAGGGAACGGAGGGGGAAUGUCCGCUGCGGUUGUUGCAGGAGCUUCCACAGUUUCAUCGUCAUCAGCAUCAUCUUCUUCUAGCUCGGCCACCCCGUCCUCUCAGUCCAACAGCUGCUCCUUUGUGCCCGCCCCCAGCCUCACAUCUUCCACAGGAACUGGAGGAUCCCAGUUAGCGAUGGGCAGCUGUAGCCUAAUCCAACAAAACGGACCAGGACCCAACAGUGGUCCAGGCGCCAGUAACGUAGGUAACGCUGUGCCCCAGCCUCCACCUCCACCACCCCCGUCCAACACUCCCAGCUGUGGCAUCAAGUCGCCGCAGAGCUGUGGUGUGAUCGAGAGGCCACCUAGCACCAACCAGCAGCAACAGCAGCAGCAGCAAUCCCAAAAAAAGGUUCCUCAGCAGCAACAACAAGCCCCAAACCCUCAGCCUCCUCCGUCAGCUGCACCACCACCCCCACAGCAACAGCAGCAGGCCCUGUCUCAGUGUAGCAUGGGCAACGGGUUUGCCUCCACACCGAUGAUCAUGGAGAUCCCUGAAAGCGGAGGCGGAGGAGGGGGCCGCACUCUCUAUGAGCGCAUGGGUCAGGACUUUGGCACAGGGGGCUACCCCCAGCCCUCUGCCACAUUCAGCCUGGCCAAACUACAGCAGCUCACCAACACCAUCAUGGACCCGCACGCCAUGCCCUACUCCCACUCAGCUUCCGUCACCUCCUACGCCACCAGUGUUUCUCUGUCCAACCCCGGGCUGGCCCCUUCUCCCCAUACUCCCCUGCCUCAGGGCCAGCCCACAAUGACCCCACCUCCUAAUCUGAGCUCUGGCUCUAUGAACUUGGGCUCCCUGCAGCUGCAAUGCAACAUGCCCACCACCAACAUCGGCCUGGGCCCCCCACCACACACGCAGCGGCUACAAGGCCAGAUGGCAACAGUCAAGGGACAUAUUUCAAUCCGCUCCAAAGCCACCCAGCAGCUGGCCCCUGCCCCGCACCAGCAGCAGCUCUAUGGGCGCAGCUCAGGGGCUGUGGCCAUGCAGGGCACACCGCGCACCUUGGCAGUGCAGCGCGGUAUGAUGCCAAACCUAAUGCCCACGCCAGCACCCUACAAUUCCAUGAACAUGACGCCCCUAAACGCCAUGUCAGCCGGCUACCGAAUGCCCCAGCCUAUGAUGAACAGUGGUUAUCAUGGCAACCCCCCUUACAUGAAUCAGCCAGCUCAAUACCCCAUGCAGAUGCAGAUGGGCAUGAUGGGAGGGCAGGGCUAUCCGCAGCAGCCUAUGCAGCCCAAUCAUCAUGGCAACAUGAUGUACACCGGCCCUUCCCAUCACAGCUACGCUGGCGUCCCUAAACAGUCGCCGUACAUGAGUAGAUGAGCAGCCGAGAACUGAAAAAGUUGGCAAGAUGGGGCUAGAGCUGACAGCCGCUGUACUCUAAAUGUCCAUUACUCCUCUUCACCCUCUCCAGUGCCCUACAGGCACACGUGAGUGUAGGUGUAGGAGUCAAAGAGGGUUUUGGGUUUCCUGUUUUUCUAUGUUGUCUAUUCGUCCCUUUUUAUUUGGGCUCGGUUCCCCUCCCUCCCUCCCAGCUGGCUGUGUCCAGGAGGAUUCCAGGGUGGGGAUGUGUACAUGGACCUCGGCCGUGCUGGUUGCUCCAGGCGGGGCUUACACAGUCCGCUGUGAAGUGGUUUAAACACAGGCCCAGGAACAAGCUCCUCCUGAUACAAAGGAGGAGAGGAUGACAGCGAUACACAGAGAAAGACAAUACAGGAGUACCUGUCUUUUCAGACUGAUGAAAAAACAUUGGAAACUGAAUAUAUUCAACCAUGCACACAAUCUUUUAAUUGAUAUAGGAAGCCUUACCUUGGAAAAAAAGAGACGAUAAAUCAUUGUAGGCGGACUCUUGUUUUGUUAAACAAAAUGUUGAACUUUAUUUUUGUUGUCUUUGUUUUUGUUGAUUGUUUUUUGAUCUUGUGUGCAGUCCGACCUCUUAUAUGCUUUGGUCUUUAUAUGUGUGGCAUUCUGAAAUGGUGAUACACCCUCUCGCUCUCUCAGACAAAAAACAAAACCCCAAACACACGGCUUUUCACCUUGUUCCAGGAAAAGCAGAGGAGUCGGCCCUCCGGUGUUUGAGGUGUUGAGCUGUUUCCAGAGUCCCUGUCUUCCCGGAUGGACGGUGUUGUACCAAAAAAAACAGCAAAAACAGAAGAGAAGAGCCCAUUAUUGUCUUAUUAUAUGUCCAUAAAAUGAAACAAGUAGCAUUAUUUUCCAGUUUGCUGCCACUCUGAAACAUCUAGAUGUAAAUAUUCUGGUACUUCCCAAUAUCCAGCACAUGCACACACAAACACAAACACCAGCUAGCUUUCACCUGUUGGUGGCUAGCACUGAAAAGUUGUUCUCGUCCACACUCCACUGACAGAUGGUGUACUACGUCAGCCUAUUUUAGCAGUUUAGGGAAUGCAGAAGAAACAGUGGGAAUUCCAUUUAACUGCUUUAAGGAAAGUCAGUUAGCGAUAGCUGGCCUCCCCUCAUAAGUGUUAGUGACCCAAAGAGGUCAAGGAGUCUGCUUCUGAAUAGUGUAUUCUGUUGAAUCUUUUUUACUUAAGUUGUAUUUUUCUUUACUGAAAAACAUCUGCACUCCCAUUGGCUAGAAACAUGGCAGUAGAGAGUUAGCCUUGAACAAGGUGUGCCUGAAUGCCUGAUCUAGUGCGAGGUUCGGCCCUCGCGUAGAGGCACGCCCAUGUGAAAGCAGGGUCGGAGGAAAGCGUUCGACGUCCUGAUGGUUAUGGCGUUCAGCUGGCAGGAGACAAACGGUCGACCUUGUUGCUCCAUGUACCAGUAUUGAAAGUCAGAAGAGUAGUUUUGAUUUUCUUACAGACGUGACAUUGCAUACUUUCUUUGUGUGUAUCGUUCUGUUCUGUACUUCUUUUUCGUUGUGUUUCUUUCUGAAUUUUAUCAGACUGGGCAGCUUUCUUUUAUGACACAAGCUGACUCUUUUUGACUUUAGAAAACCUAUUGUAGAGAAAAUGUUUUUUCUAUAAUAUAAAAGGAAACUCUUACAUUGAUAUUGGUACUGUCAUUUUUUUCACUUCUGUUUCAGGAAAAAAAACAAUACAUAUUUUUUAGCUCGCCUCUUGGGUAAUAAUUACUAAGAAAUUCAAAAUUUAAAAAAAUUACCACUCACUUUUAGUGACUUUAAGAUGCCUUUAACCUCUCCAUUCCAUCUCAUCUCUAGAGUUUUUCUAUCUUUGUGUAGUAUAUUAAUGCUAUUUUAAACAAAAGGACUACAAAUAUCUAAAGGUCACUUGGCAUUCUUUCUUUUUUUUACUUGUGUGUGUAUAGGAUGACUUCCUUACAUUUAAGAGGCAUGUAAAAAGGAGCUCAGUAUAUUUCUGUCUGUUUAUAUCGCUUCCCUUUUUGUAUCCUUUGUAAUUGUACAUGUUGCGUUGUAUGCUAAGAGAGAGCGCAAAAUAAAGAGAGGAGGGACGGCUGGGCACACAGUGAAGGUUGAUUUGCGCUCAGCGGCCUCAACUAUUUACUCUCUCCCUGUAUGUAUUUCCAUUUAUUCUGUUAUUUUUUUUUCUUUCUUUCUUAGCAAGUACUUUCAAAGAACUCUGUACAUUUUAACAUAAAAUGAAAAUAAAUUAUGUUGAGCCAAA